ACGUCCAUCAUUUAAAAAAAAAAAGCAUGAGGACACAUGGAAGAUUGAGUUUUAUGGCCAUAAUUAUGAAUACAUCUUGAUGAGAAUGUUUCUUCGAAAUCUUGCAUCAAAAACCUCAGCAAGAGGGAUGGUUUUAAGUCCAACAGUAUUCCAAUUAGCAACUUUGGCACAAUGUAAAAGCAUUUAUUUUAUGAGGUACUGCAAAAAUAAUGCAAGAAUAGAGAUGGCUUCCAGAUAUUACUGUAUACAGCCUUGGCUCAGAGGAUUGCCACCGGCAUUAAAAAGCCCUAAUUUUGUAACAAAACCAAGUCAAGUUUCUCAGAACCAGUUGAAUCCUGUUACUGAAGUUGAUAAGUACAGCCUCGCAAUCAUUGAAGGUUUACACGCCUCCGAAACAAUUGAUGAAAUAUUUCAAGCAUUCCGCGAAAUUGGAUCAGACAUGAAUGAAAUACACAUUGGAAGAGCUGUGUCACGCAUGGCAGAAAUCCAGCAACAGAACAACCAUCAGUACUCUCGAACAGAAGCUUUAAAGUUGGUACCACUUCAAAACAGUCUGAUUGAGAAAAACAAAAGAGAUUUUACUGUCAUCUGCCAAUUUGUUUUGCAGUUCUCAAUAUACAUGGACAAUGAUUUAUUUCUAGAGACUUUGAAUGCCCUUUUUGUUUUAGGAGUACCAGUAAAAAGUUCUGUUCUUCAGACUCUGCUAACUCAGUCUAGUGAACGCUUCAAUGAUUUCAGUCCCAGACAGAUGAAUAAUUUCGUCCACUGCUUGUCUAAGAUGUUGAAGGAUGUAAAUGGAAAUGAUGCCUUGGUGACAACUUUGCUGGACAGUUGCAGUAUCCUCAUUGGGAAAUUCACUGACAAAGCUGAAAGCAUUCCACAGAUAACUUCAGUUAUGUUAAAUCUCAGAAAUCGUUUAACAGAUGAGAAGCUGCAAAUGUUGUUGAACAGACUGCUUGCGAUCAUCAUUGUAAAAAAUAACAUUGACUUCAAAUCAUCUAUAUUUAUUUUAAAUGCUUUGGCAAGUUUGCACAUCAAAAAGCAUCCAGUUCAGUAUCAAGUUUUAGAUUUCCUGAAGGAAAAUUUUGAAAGUCUUGAUGGAAGUGCGGCCAUGGAGUUGAUACAUCGGUUAAAUAGAUGUGGUUGUCUUAGUAUUCGAACAGUGGAAUUCCUGACACAUAAGAUUUUAGAAAAUCCUCUCAAACUUUCUGUGGCAGAUUUGAUCAGUGUUACAGAAAUUCUGUUAUCUUAUCGUAUUUUGAACAUAAAAUUUUGUAAUCAUGUCAUCAAGUGUGCUUUAGAUGCAGACACAUGCUUUCAAGAUUUGCAGAAACUUGGUCACAUAUUUGCUGCCCUCAACUUAGGUACAGUAGUUGAUGCUGGUGACUUUUGUGCCAGACUCUCUGAUUCAGCAUUGAGAGUCAUAAAGGAGAACAACCUUGAUUACGAUGUCUGUAAAAUGAUCUGUUCAACUGCUGCUUCCCUCUCACAACUUGGAAAAAUUCCUGAUGGUUUGCUUUCAUUCGUCAAUGGAGAAAAGUAUCAACAAUUGCUGUUGAACUUUGAAGGAGAUAGUUGCGACACCAACAUUAGUCAGUACUUCCAGACACUGACCAUGCUUACUGGUUCAAGCUAUCCUUGUUCAAGGCCUCAUCCACCCGUCUUCCAACUUCACAGCAAGUACUUGGAAGUCAAGGACCUUGUAAGGAAUGUGUUGAAUGGUCUAUGUCCAGAGCAGAGUAUUUCAUGCAACAUGCUUUCUAGUGGUCAGGUGCCAAUCAAUUUAGAUUUUGUGGUGGGUGGUCAGAGUUUUAACAAAAAAACAUGUUUGUUGUUAGCACCCUCAAGUUCUUUUGCUGCAAAAAGCUCUCAUCUUCUUGGAAUCCCAGCUACCAAGCAUAUCCACCUCACCAACCUUGGAUACAGUGUUAUUUGGAUUCCUGUUCACAAGUUGGAAAUGAGGAAAGAUAUGAAAGCAAAAAUAGAGUAUUUGAAAGAAAUUCUAGAAAAUGAACUGCUUAAAUGUGCCAAGGCAAAUGAGAAAUAAACUCUGCGAGAAGUUAUGCAUUUUUUAAUCGCGUCAUGACAUGUUGCAUUAUUAGUCAAUUUACAGUAAGGUAACGGACCCCAGUGCAAGAUUAAUUGGUAGGCCUGUGUUAUGACUAGUAGUGGGGGGUGCUGAUUAUAGGUGAAUGCAGUUUUAAAUUGUUAGAAGGCAUAUUUUAAAAUGGAAGAAUGAAAAUUAUUGGAGUAAAUCUACCGAUUCAUGUUUUCAGAAAUCACACCUUUUGCCUAGGCUAGUUCAAAACUGAUCAAGAAAAUUGGUGACACAUGAAAGUAAUCAAUUACAUUUAAUAGCCUAAAUUUUAUUGGGACACUUACUGGCCAUUUUUUCUUUAAAAAUAUUAAAUUUAUUUUUAGCUGUUAAUGCACUACACUUAUUGUGGAAUUGGAUUCCUAGUACAGUAGUACUAUGAGUAUUUUGUCUCAUUAGGGAUGUACGGAAAUUUAUCAUAGGCCUAGACCCAUUAUAGA